AGGAAAAGUUUAUUUAAAAGUGAACUAAUCCUUUAAUUUUAGGCUAUAGAUGAGAGAAGAGCGCGAAUGGCGAGUUUACAUGAAAUUUCACAUGGUGUGCCAUUAAAAGUAAAGUAUCCAAGUGGCUUGAUGAGGACUAGGAAAUUUGUUUUAAGUGAUUCAAUUCAGGCACUGUUUGACUUCGUUGGAGAGGUAGAGGAUGCUACAGAAUGGUUCCAUAUUCAGGAAGCCUUAUCACCACCACUUAGAAAUGACCUAUGUGGAACCAUUUCUGAAAGAAAUAUCACAGGACCAACCACACUUUUUGUCCAGUGGAUUUCUUCCCAAGAUGCAGAGUCCAUUCCUACACCUAAUGGCAAUGACAACCACGAUAAAGAUGAUUAUAAUUCUGGGACUGUCAGCCCAUUGGAUCAACCUAGCACCUCUAAUGAACAUCUGACAUCGUUCUCCCCUCAAUCAGAGCAGGAAAAGACAGUCCAGAAGACCAACCUCCAAACAAUACUGAGUCGCCUUUCAGCCAAGAUAGAUGACGAUAGUCCCACUAGUAACCAGAUCAAUGCUGUAAGGGAUUACAAAGGCAAUACCCACAACAUACUGAGAAGCACUGUUCAGGCUUUUAGUCGGCGACGAUUUAACCUCGGAGCAAGACUGGAUGUCAUUUUUGUUGAUGAUACAAAAGCAGCAGAGGGGGCUGUGGACGGUGGUGGUCCAACUAGAGAGUACCUCAGAUUGCUCCUUAAGGCUGUCCAACAAUCUAGCAUAUUUGAGGGCCCUGAAAAUAGUAAGAGGUUGCGGCUUGACACUGAAGCUUUACAUAAAGGUCUUUACAGGCAGAUAUCACAAAUGAUAUCAGUUUGUAUAACUCAUGGGGGAAUGGGGCCGCACUUCUUUUCAGAAAGGCUCUUUCUGCAGGUUUGUGGUAAACCUACCCCUCCUGCAACCUUGGAUGAAGUAGAUGAUGAGACCUUCAAAGAAAUGCUUUGCAAAAUAAAAGAAGCUGAAACUGUUCCAGAAGCCAAAGCUGCCAUUGAAAUGGCAGAAGAUUGCCUGUCCAUUAUUGGAGCCUUUAGGUCCAUUAGCACUCUUAAGCAGCGGGACAUCCUGGUUCAGUCAGCUGUCGAGUAUUAUGCUGAUGGGAGAUGCAGUGCUGCACUGCAACAGUAUGUAAUAUCAAAAACUUUGAUAUUGUUUUUAGACCUAGUUCGUUAUAGAUUCUACAUGUUUUUUACAGGUUUGUUGAUGGUUUUAACACCCUUGGACUUCUUCAAGAAAUGCAGACACACACAGAUCUGUUUCACACCAUAUUUGUUGAAGACAAAAAACCACUGAGAUCCCCAGACCUGACAUCACUUUUUGAAGUAAACCUGUCAGAUCAAGUUACCUACUAGAGAGAACUAGAGACCAGGACCUUAUGCUUCUGGAGAGACUGGAUCAUUGAUGUUGAAGAUGGAGAAUGUUCACCAUUGACGUUGGAGAAUGUGCUGGAGUUUACUUCAGGGUCUUCAGCCAUUCCACCUCAUGGCUUUCUGCAGCAGCCCAAAAUCGAAUUUCCCCAUGAUGCACCAGAGAAAAUAUUCCCAGAGGCAAACACUUGCAACAUUGUGUUAAAAUUGCCUAUCCAUCACAAUUAUGAGUCCCACAUGAGCAAUGGUAUACUGUGGGUACCAACAUUUGGCACAGCGUAGUUCAACACAUUUGCAUUAAAGGAAUUGUUAAACCAUAAAUGAAAUUUA